AUGCGUCCAGGAAGCCCAACCUCCAAUCAUACCUGUGAGGAAUGCCAUAAGACCUUCUCCCGAAAAAGCGAUCUGGGGAGGCACAUCAAAAUACAUACGGGGGAACGACCAUUUUUAUGCCCGCACGACGAUUGUGGCAAGACCUUCAUCCAGCGAUCCGCGCUGCACGUGCACUUACGAACGCAUACAGGCGAGAAACCCCAUAUGUGCGAGUUUCCCGGAUGCGGUAAGACGUUCGGCGACUCGAGCAGUCUGGCCCGACAUCGACGUACACAUACCGGCAAGAGGCCGUACAAAUGCGAGGAGCCGGAUUGU